UAUUUUUAUUACGUAUCGUUAUAUCUGAUACGUAUUCUUUUUAUUUUUUUUUACUUUUUUUUAAUCAUUUUUAUUUUCUAAUUGUAUCAAAGUUUAAAUAGAUGUGUAUACAUUAGAAAAUAAAAAUCAAUUUGUCUUUAUUUAUCAUUAUUUAAACAUAAUUCUAAUGCAAUAUCAAUCAAUAAUACGAUUCAAUAUCCGUAUAUAACAUAUUAAAUAUCAACAUUUUUUAAUUGACUUAUAUUUAUAAAAAAUUAAUUUCAAAAUAUACCAUUGAAUGCACUAUCAUUUUACAAAUUUUUAUUAUAAUUUUUUAUAUCAUUUCAAUUAAAUUUAUUAAACCUCUAUCACACUAUUCAUUGAAUAAUCAUCAACUUUUAAUAUGUAUUUAUAUUUGUGUGUAUCGCUGCAACAAAUUGUGAAGACUAACUAAACUAAUCGAUCAGCUUAUAAUCGUACAAAGAACUUUGCGCAAGCGUUAUGCAACUUGAUGAACAUACUCCUUUUAUUGGAAAUAUUCGAUUCAGACAUUUCCAUAACUUCGAUAGACACGAUGACGAACAAGUCUGUAAUAUCGAGAGAAAGUUUCGAUAGUCUAUGCGAUUAUAGCUUGCAAUUAAAUCGAUGGUUGUUGAAACCAAUUGGCGCAUGGCCGUUAUCCUCAAGUUCAAAACUCGAAAGAAUCGUCUCGUUUUUUUUAAUUGUACUUUGUUACGGCUUUAUAUUGUUCACCGUAAUCCCUUGUUUGUUUCACAUCGUUCUCGAAGACGAAAAUCUACAUAUGAAACUGAAAGUAUUUGGCCCACUGAGUCAUUGGUUCAUAGGUGGAAUUAAUUAUACCACAUUGUUACUACGAAAUAAGGAAAUACAUUAUUGCAUAGAACAUAUGCAAACGGAUUGGAAGAUCGUGAAUAGAGUGAAGGAUCAAGAAGUUAUGAUGAAAUAUGCAAAAAUAGGACGGUAUAUCGCUGCUUUGUGCGCUGUUUUCAUGCAAAGUGGCGUUCUAACCUAUUGCGUGGUAACUGCGUUUUCCACGCAGAUUAUAAAAAUCGGUAACGAGACAAAGAUUGUGCAUAUGUUGCCGUGUGCGGUGUAUAAAGAAUUAAUCUCAAUUGAUACGAGUCCAACAAAUGAAAUUGUCCUCGUUUCCCAAUUUGUGUCUGGAUUUAUAGUAAACUCGAUCGCGGUUGGCGCCAUCAGCAUUGGCGCCGUAUUCACAGCUCAUGCUUGUGGCCAACUGACAAUAAUUACAAGAUGGAUUCGUGAAUAUAUAAAUCGAUCGAAGGAUAAUAAUAAGAAUGUUGUAAUUAAUGAAAUAGGUGAUAUUGUUGAAUAUCAUCUCAGAAUUUUGAGUUUCAUAGCAGGUAUCGAGAAUGUGUUGAAUCGAUUUUGCUUUAUGGAAUUAUUCAAAAGUACGUUAGAUAUAUCUAUGCUUGGAUAUUAUAUUCUUACGGAAUGGGCCGAUCAUGAUAUUCGUAAUUUGACUACGUACUUCAUGAUAUUAACAUCUAUGAGUUUCAACAUUUUUAUAGUAUGUUAUAUUGGUGACAUACUAAUGGAACAGUGUAGAAAAGUUGGUGAAGUACUUUAUAUGACAAACUGGUAUUAUUUACCUUGUAAAGACAUUCUUGAUUUAAUUCUGAUCAUCUCAAGAUCCAAUGCCGUUAUUAAAAUCACAGCUGGUAAACUAACUCAUAUGUCCAUAUACACAUUUGGCAAUGUAAUGAAAACAACUUUUACAUACUUCAAUUUAUUACGACAUGUGACGUGACUAAACGUACUUUAUGUAAUUUUAUACAUUAAUUUGUAAAACUUAAGAUAAAGAUUAAUACGUAUCUCAUUUAUAUAAUUUAAAAUUCUUAUAUUGUAAUUCAAAUAAAAUUGAAAUGUUCCAUUAUCUCAUAAAUAUACAAUUGAAAUAUUCUAAAUAAAAAAACCAUAAAUUCUA